AGGUAUUUUGGUACCGUUAACCGUACUGAAGGCUGCUGUCCUGGAAGCAAAGCGGCGACUUUCAGUCAGAAUGGUUCCUAUGCUACUGUGCCCAACAUUAACAUAAGAACCUGUGACUUUACAAUUGCAUUUUGGGUAAAGUAUAUUGGUGUUGACGGGCCUAUACUGGCACUUUGGUCACAGAGUGGAAAACUAUUUUACGUUACAGUCAAGAAUUCUAGACUCAUUUUAUCGAUACACAACACUUUCCACUUACAAAUCAAUUCCUGGAAUCACGUAGCAGUAACCUGUCAGCAGCAUAAGAUCAAGGUGUUCGUUAAUGGUACGGAGGAGGCAUUGGUAGACCAAUGGAAUGAGCAUUUCUUCUCAUCGUUAGGCCGUUACCAGUCAGAGUACAUCAUAGGGAAUAAUCCGGGUUUAGUUCAGAUGCCAAUGGCGAAUGGUGUGUUUGUUGGAGCAGUCAUGGAUCUUUAUGUGACUGGAAUAGCUUUAUCUGCGAAGCAGGUUUCUGAGCUGAGUAAAGGUGCGAGUAGUAUAUACUCAAGGGUAAGUCGUAUUCUUCUACUGCGGUCUCACAUCCUCAAUAGAGGUCUGUUGGAUGUUAAAAUACGUAUAUUGUUCUUUUACAGUCUUUGCUUGACAAUUAAGGGCAGCUUGGAACUUUUAGAAAACGCAAACUUAAUUUGUUAACGUUAUGCGUGGAAAUGGAUAAUUAAUCGUGGUAAUAUUCUCAUUAUUUAAAGGCAAACCAAUUACACCCGUGCUAAACAAGGAAGAGUCGGAAAUACAUGGUUGCAAAGUCAAUGUAACGUGGAGAAGAAAAGAGCUAUGCACCAUAACGAAGACCACUGUACGCUUCAGGGAGAUAAAACCUCAAGGCGAUGAGGCAGAAUGGACAGAAUAUAAUGUUUCUUCAACCACCUAUUAUCUCCUAUAUCUGGAAUGCGACAAGAGAUAUGAAAUUGCAGUAUCUUCUUGGUUUGGAGAAGUUCAAAGCGAGUGGUCAGUCUCUCGGAAAUUUAAAACUACCUUUGCAGGUGAGACGUUACCUCAUGUAAACUGUAUGUCCAAUAGCUGAUAGGGGUUUGGUAUUGAUACUAAACUAUAUCUAGUGCGGCAAACUCUGCCAGGGUCCAUAAGCGGAGCUGUCACCUCUUUGUGGGGAAGCGGAUACCCCUUCCAGCUCCCUCAGAAGCAACGUGGACAACAAAACAAAUCAAGACGGAAAUUUAUCACGAGAAAUCCUUUGAUGUUUUAAUAACAACAAUAAACAUAAACAGAUUAGCCACCGCCUUUGGGAAAGUAAUCGUUCGCCUCUAAUUAGUCUGUCAAGACCUUGUAUUUAUACAUUUUUCAUGGCCAUCUUGACUUUUGGGCCUGCAGUUGGCAAAUUAGCGACGAAGCCAGCAAAAAUUUAACAAUUUAUUUUAUCUAAGCUAUUUUCACUGAAAAAGGUGAAGAAGCUUUUAAGAAGCGUUUUUUGGGUUUUUUUUUUUAUCAUUGGGAAAGAGGUUGUAGCGUAGUCAGCCUUAACAGGAAAUGAUUUAUAAUAUACAUUAGACUAUUAAUCCUGUUAAAGUUAAGAAAAACUUCUGGGUUGGUAAAUUUUGUUUAUUCGCUUCAAAGUUAUUAAUGAUCAAAGUCAGCCCGAUUACUUUGACACCCAUCCGGCCCCAACCCAACCAACCCCCCUCCUCCCACCCCCUCACCUUCCCCCAACUGGCAAAACUAAGCGAGGAGGACAAAACUGAUGUGACACAAUCGCUGUUUUAGACUUUGACUCGUCCGUCUAUAUUUCGUGAAUACCCGAUUGUCGCCCAGCUUAGUAUAGCUCUCCUCCCCCGCCCUCUAGCGCCUAAGUACUAAUAGUGUGUUUGAUAGGACUUAUCCUAAAGCAGGAAAACAUUCGGGAUUACUCUGUAAUAAACUUUACAAAAUCAAUCGUUCUGUUUUCAAAGAUGUUACAAAGAUGGCGAAAUGGAAAAAGCAAUGAUCAACAUUGUUGACAGGAGAUAAAUUAUUAUUAUUUUUGAACAUUGUUGGCAGGAGAUAUAUUAUUAUUUUUUGGUUAAUUUUGUUACGUUUUGUUUCGUUUUAUUUUGUUUAUUUGUUUUAUUUUUCUUUUGUAGAAGACAUUCUAAAGCAAUAUCUGAAGGACAAAAAUUAUCAUUAUCAUUUUCCUUUUUCCUUGAUAAACAGCAGUUUCGAUAUUAAGAAAAAGAAAAUUGUUGUCAUGUGUUUAAGUCCUCCAUAACACGUAAAAUUUGGCAGUUUUACGCCUUGGACGCACGUGACGGUAACGCACUGGGAUGUUACUAAACGGGGAACAGAGAGCAGGGAACGAGCAAAUGGGGAUGGGAAAAUGAAAAGUGCGAAGAAAACCGAAAUUUUGAAACCAAGUUACUGAGAGGGCUAGGGUUGAAGUUAGGUUUUGUUCCCGUUCCUCGUGCUCGUUUCUUGUUUUAGUUACAUUCUAGAGAACUGUAAAAAAAAGGGUGCUGCACCCCAUGGGGGGGUACUCCGGAUUUCAAGUGACAGGGGUGAUCGAAUGGGGGUAAAAAUGGAAACCUAAGACUCCCCUGGGCUUAAAACAACCACUCCUCCCCGCCAAAAAAAACAACUGGGCCUACAUUUAACCCCCACCCCCUCUCCAAAACAUUUCCAGAUAGCAUUAAAUGAUAUAACACCCAAAAAAAUCCGUACUGAAAUUCAGCUACCCAAAAAAAAAAACUUGCCAAAAUUCUCCUACCCAAAAAAACCCCCAAAUCUUUCGAUCAUCCCUGUCAAUCCAGAUCCGGAGUACUCUCCCCCCCCCCCCCCCCCCCCGGGAUGCAGCACGUGCAAAGUUGUUGUUCUGCCAAUACAAACCUUUUGCUUUUUUGUCCCUCUCCUUGCCUUUUUUGUUAUUAAUAACCGACAACGUCUGUCAUUAUUCUUGUCGUUGUAAUUAUUCCGUUUUAUGCUCCCCGAAGCAUUCAAAGUAACAGUGAAAACAAUAAGAAAAAGAUAAAGAUUACACACGAUUUUCGUAUUCGUAUCCCAAAAUAACUUUAAUGGAACGAAUCCUAAGCAGGCCCCCGUGUUUGUUUUGUUAGGAAACCCCGCAUACGGCCGCUGGUUUCUAGACGGUAGUGAUUCAGAUGUAAGGUUAGUAGCGGUUAUACAUAUCUAGUUUGUUCAAUUAAUGUUGGGGGCGGGAGUGGGCGGGAAAGGAAGUGGCGUUGGAUUCUUAUACCUUACCCCUAUUUUCGGAUGUCGGUUUUUUUUUCCAACCGAUUUUGCGCGAGAACCUCUUCUUGGAUUCUUACUUUUUUCUAACUCUUAAAUAAAAUUUCAGAUCGACCAUUUCAUAUGACAUCCACCACAUCCAGCACUGCUUUAAACUUAUGCAUUUGCAUUUCUGACUGCUGCAGGUGGUAUUAAUUAUACUCAGCGUUGACCGGUUAAAUUUUUGUCUCAUAACGUAGGAUUAUAUUCGAGGGUAAAAUAGUGGCUUGCAUGUUCCUAUGACAGGUAAUUCUUUUUAUUCACAGCUAGAUUCUAUUCACUGGUUUUUGUGAUCUUACAGGUAUUUUGGUACCGUUAACCGUACUGAAGGCUGCUGUCCUGGAAGCAAAGCGGCGACUUUCAGUCAGAAUGGUUCCUAUGCUACUGUGCCCAACAUUAACAUAAGAACCUGUGACUUAACAAUUACAUUUUGGGUAAAGUAUAUUGGUGUUGACGGGCCUAUACUGGCACUUUGGUCACAGAGUGGAAAACUAUUUUACGUUACAGUCAAGAAUUCUAGACUCAUUUUAUCGAUACACAACACUUUCCACUUACAAAUCAAUUCCUGGAAUCACGUAGCAGUAACCUGUCAGCAGCAUAAGAUCAAGGUGUUCGUUAAUGGUACGGAGGAGGCAUUGGUAGACCAAUGGAAUGAGCAUUUCUUCUCAUCGUUAGGUCGUUAUCAGCCAGAGUACAUAAUAGGGAAUGCUCCAGGUUUGGUCCAGAUGCCAAUGGCAAAUGGGGUGUUUGCUGGAGCAGUCAUGGAUCUUUAUGUGACUGGAAUAGCUUUAUCUGCGAAGUAGGUCUCUGACCUGAGUAAAGGUGAGAGUAGCAUAUCUAUCCAAGGAUAAAUCGUAUUCUUCGAUCCUUAAUAGAGGUCAGUUGGAUGUUAAAAAAUUGAAUGUUCUUUUUGUGGUCCUGAUUUUAGGCUUUUAAAGAUUGUGCCAGCAUAAUGUUUAAUUUUGGCGUAAUUCGUCAUAAUUUUUAGCAAUUUUACUAUUGUAAUAGUUUGCACUUUUGGCUAGUUUUACAGCUCAAAAUCAUGUUAGCACUUAUUUUAGCCCGAGAGCAGAAUUACAGGUAAAUUUACGUAACGAACUAAAUUUUUUGUCUGCUUAUUGUCACAUUCAUGGGACUUAGGUCCCGCAGGAAUUAAUCAAGAUAAUCAAGAACUCUUUUUACAGCACUCAACGCAUGCGCAUAAUUAGCUGGAUUACUUAUGAUGGCGUCAGCGUGCUGAUCGUUAAUUCAGGUUUCAGUUUUUGUAGUUGUUAGACAGUUUUGUAGGUUUAGUGGUGUACCUUUCUACAUUCAUCUAUCACUGCAAAUACAUCAGUGGAAAUCACUAAGUAAUCGCAGUAUUAUUCUCAUUAUUUAAAGGCAAACCAAUUACACCCGUGAUAAACAACAAAGAGUCGGAAAUACAUGGUUGCAAAGUCAAUGUAACUUGGAGUAGGAACGUAUGCACGGUAACGAUGACCACUGUACGGUUUAGGGAGAUAAAGCCACUAGGCAUUGAAGCUGAAUGGACAGAACAUAAGGUUCCUUCAACCACCUUUUAUCUUUUAUCUCUGAAAUGCGACAAGGGGUAUGAAAUUGGUGUGUCUUCCUGGUUUGGAGAAGUUCAAAGCGACUGGUCAGUUUCUUGGAAAUUUAAAACUCGCUCUACAGGUGCGACAUUACCUCAUGUAUGUUUGAUAAUAGCUGAUAGGUUUUGGUAUUGACACCAAACCAUAUCCAGUUGAACCUCUACUUUGGGUCCACAAUAGCCGGGUUCUGAAAUCCCGCCUUCCCGCUAGUUUUUUCUUCUUAAUUCCGCGAUCCCGCCUGUUUUUACGUCCGAAUCCCUAUCCCGCCUAGUCUGCUACACAGCCACAAAGUUUGGUGUGACCACCCUAAAAACCGCUGCGUAGCAGACUAGAUCCCGCCCUAUUUUUUUUACAAGUUUCCCGUUUUCAUUAUUGAAAUAUUAAAACGUUAUACAAUGUUUAAGACCUGCUUUCUUGCAAUAGGGAGCUUUGAUGUUUAAGGCUCUUGACUUAACCAUUAAUAGCCUGGGAUCAGGCUCCGUAGUGGGGAAAAAAGGCAAAAAACGGGAUCAAUUUUUUUUUCCCUUUUCCGCCAAUGCGGAGCCCGGUCCCAGGCUAAACCAUUAACGACUGUAACUUUAUUUUCUGUUUUGCUUAUUUUUACUUUGGGGGGAGCGCAUCAGUACAGAAAAGAAGGUUUACUUCGAUCUGAGUUCUGGCAAUUUGGAAACAGUCAGUUGAGUUGGGUAGAUGGAUGUUUCGAUUGAGUUACUGCUAGGUUGCAUUAGGCGAUGAAGCCAACUGUCUACGCUGACAACGGGUCAUGGAAAGUGUGUAUGAACACACUGGUUGGACAGAUUGAUAAAAUGUUCUCUUUUAUGGAAACCCAAACCUCCUAUUGAAUCGAACAGCACAAGCAAUUGUAGACAACCCCCAUGCAGAAAGUGUACUUUUCCACCCUUCUUGCGCUUGGUCCUCGAUUUCUUCCUCUUUUGUACUGCUAAAGUGUACUCAUUCCUGUUUAAAAUCUCUUUACUUUCUUCCAUUUUUAAAUCCGCUCAAAAGUAGGUGCGUGUGACCUGCAAGAGUUUGCAAAACAGUCCUCUUUUCUCACAAUCGGUUUUAAAAGGUGCGAAGUGCAGGCGAAGACUGUAUAAAAUUAACCGCGUAUUUUUCGCGCCUCUCCCUAGUCUAAUUCGUUUUUUGGCCUCACUCCAGACCUUUCCAUCGACCGUUCGCGCACACCGUCAGUUACCAAGUACCGAAAUAAGACAAAAACACGCAAAAGUGACAAUGGAUAAAACUGACAGGCUUCAUUUCCUUGGCGACUAGUAGUUCCUAGUACAUGGGCGGUGUACACAAAGAAGUCAAAAUGUGGUCGCAACAAAACUUAAUUCCCGUAUCCCGCUACUUUUCCCUUACGACUCCCUCAUCCCAACCCAAUUAAAAUAGGAAAUCCCACUCCCACUCAUUAUCAAAAUUCCCGCUUCCCGCUCCUUUUUUUAGCUCGCAUCUCGAGUAUCACCACAAAAAACAGCCAAAUCCCGCAUCCCGCCAAAGCUAUUGUGGACCCUCUCUGCUAGGGGUAGACCUCUAGGAAAGUAGACACCCCCUUUCAGCUCCCUCAUAAGCCAAGUGGGCAGUAAAACAGAUCAAGACGGAAAUUUACCACAACAAAGCCCUUUGAUGUUCAAUAACAAAAAUGUACAGAUUAUAGCCUCCGCUUACUGGAAGUUUAUCAUUCUGUAACUUUUAAACUGUACGCGACUGUUCAUCUGUAAUAAAUAGCCUGUCACGACGCUGUAUGUUCAUGGCCAUCUCAAUUGGCCUGCAUUUCUACAUUUGGCAAAUUGACGGUGAAGCUGGCAAAAAGAGACCAGUUUCAAUAUAUCAAAAGUCAUACCUUGGGGAAUAAAAUAAAAGAAAUGUAUUAUUCAUUGAUGUGCCUCGAGUAUGAAUUUGAACGUAACAAAAUUGUUCUAUAGUAUUUAACAUUUUCUUAUAUCCAAACCACUUUCAGCGAAAGAGGUCAAAAAGCUUUUAAGAAAGGUUUCUAUCAGAAAAUCACAAUCAAUUGCAAAAGCGGUCAACUGGUAAUGUUUGCUUCCCCUUUAAGGUUACGUUAACACGGUACCGGUCGAAUGUUCUAUAUUUUUGCGCUGUUCACACAGAACUGUCGAGCUGUAAUAUUUCCAAGCAAAGUGAGUAAUAACAUGACUCGUAAAUCCAUGUUCGCAAUAUCUGGUUGCUAUAAAGCCACAAGUGCACCAGUAAUAUACACUCUGUGUGAUAUGUAGUAUUGUGUCUUCUCACUGAUAGUCAGUAGUAGUAACUAGUAGUUAGUAGUAGUUACCUGUAGUUACCUGUAGUUACCUGUAGUUACUAGUAGUUACUGGUAGUUGCUAGUGGUUACUGGUAGUUGCUACUUUACUAGUAGUUACUUGUAGUUACUGGUAGUUACUAGUGGUUACUAAUAGUUACUGGUAGUUGCUUGUAGUUAGUAGUAGUUUCUAGUAGUUACUGGUAGUUACGAGUAGUUAAAGGUAGUUGCUAGUAGUUACUGGUAGUUACUUGUAGUUACUAGUAGUUAAAGGUAGUUGCUGGUAGUUACUAGAAGUUACUGGUAGUCGCUAGUAGUUACUAGAAGUUACUGGUAAUUGCUAUUAGUUACCUAUUUUCCCUCUUUUUCCAGCUGAGUAACUACGCAUCCAUGCAGCCACGCCUUUGCCAUGCAAAAAUUUUGCCGGUCACGGUAAAAUUUUGUAUUUAAAACAGUAGCAAAAAAGGUAACCAGUGUAGCUCGCGAAGCAGAGGCGUGAUAGGGCACGACUUUGGGGCGCAGUAAAUUAAGCGAGCACUAGCAUUUAGAGAACAAAUCUUGAGUAUAAAUAGUAAACAAAAGCGGUCGGACACAAGAACCUUGAGGGACACCCCAUUUUAAGUCAAACGGCUGCGAGAGCGUCUCCUUCCAAGUACGAUUUGAACCAGGAAAGAGCAGUACCACAGACACCUAGUAUUAUUUGAAGCGAUUGUGGUAAAAUCCCAUUGUCAGCGGUGUCGAAGGCGGCACUUAAAUCCAGCAGUAGUAAGAGUGAUACAUUGCCCUUGUGCAUAUUCAGGAGAAGAUCAUUCGUUACCUUGAACAAUGCAGUCUCCGGACUGUGAUGGGAGCGAUAAUCAGAUUGCAAUUAAGGGAAGAGAUUAUUUGUAAUCAUGUGACACUGAAUCUGAGAGGCCACCACUCGCUCUGUCAAUUUAGACACAAACUGCAAGUUGCUUAUUAGACGAAAAUUCCUGAACAGUAGAUCGAGGCCGGGCUUUUUUAUGAUGGGUAUACCACAUCAGUUUUCCAGGUUUCAGCAAAAUAUCCAUUCUGCAAGGAGAGGUUGACCAUAUUAGUAAUGGCAGGAAGGAGUGAGUCUAAACAUGAAGAUGCAAGAUUUGUUUUUUCCAGAUGUAAUCACAUGACGAACUGUCUCAGUCAGGCUUGGCAGUGGAACUCUGGGAAAAUACAAUAUCACCAGAUUCAGAUUCCAGGUUGAGCUCGGCGUUGACAGCAAGAAUGCCGUUCAGCUUUGACCUGAUAUUGGUAAUCUUGGCAAUAAAAAAACUGACCCAUAUUGUUUGCAAGAGGUGAAACAGAAUGUGUGGAAGAGAUCGAUCUUUCUUCAUAUCCAAUAAACUCUUACUUGCCACGAAAAGCCUCCUCUGGUCUGUGCUGUUAUCUUCGAUAAACUGAUUAUAGUAAACAAGGCGUGCCUCAUUCAUCAAAUUUACCACACGAUUUCUUUCCUUCGUAAAAGCAGCAAGAUCAACAGGUAAUCUUGUAGCUCUCCACGUCUUUUCAGCAUUUCGUGUCAAGCGUUUGGCAUUCCUAAUAUCUUCAUUGAACCACGCAGCAAGAGGCCUGACAUUUAUGUCACGAGGUAAGACAGGUGCAUACAUAUCCAGUUGAGAUCAUAACGACUCAUUAUAACAGCUGACUAGAGAGUCUAAGUCGCUAGGUGGAUCAUGAUUAAGCUGAGAAGAAGCGGAAUGGCCUCAGAAAAUUGGUUAGGGUCAAUUGAUUUCAUUUUCCUGAACUGCACAUGCAUGACAUUAGCUUGAGGUCUAUUAGAUCUUAUUUGAUUGAAGACUGGAAAAUGGUCGGAGAAUAACUCACCAAUACAAGGGCAAGCAGCAAUGAUGUUAUCAGAUCAGUACGAGUGGUAAUCAAGUCCGUGACCAAGUUCAUGCGUGGUAGACAAACAUGCUGCGUGAGACUCAUCGACUCCAGUAUAUCCGACAGGUAGUAAGUCCAUACCGAUAUCAAAAUCGCCCAAAAUUAUCAAGGGCUCACUUGACAUGACCAGAGACUCGAGGUAAACGGUAAACGGCUCAGUCAAAAAAAAAAUGUGGAUGUAGUCAAAGCAUGUUUAGCAGAAUAUAGAGGCCUGUAAACUAUAACGAGUGGUAAAAGAGAAAUAGUUACUAGGAAACUUUUUCCGUUUAUAAGUAAAGGAACCUUAUGCCGACCACGUUUAUAUGUCAACAGCUCUUUACAUUUACAAUUGUUUGUAUCCCUCAGUGACUCCUACAGGAGUUCCCAUACUCUGGAUGGUGUUGGGAGUUUCCGUGGCUCUUUCUGCUUUGGUGGUGGGGAUAAUUGUCUACCGUAAGAGAGCAAAGAGGAAUGCACGGUAUUUCUUUAUGAAUACUUUGUAUUAUGAUAAUUAUAUGCAUGCGGAAAUAAGUGUCUGUCUCUCUCAGUCAAGUCGCGCUGGUCAGUGUGACCAAGGCGAUGUAACAUUUGUCACCUUGUGUAAACCAGGAAGCCAUCUCUGAUUUAAGCAUUACCACAAGCCCAUGAUUAAUGACGACGAAAUUCAUUAACAUUUAAUUUGCACUAUUUUCUUUAGAUCCAGUGAGUCUGACACUGCUGAGUUGAUGUUGCUGGAAGUCCCACACGAGCGGGUUACUAUCAUGGAGGAACUGGGACGAGGUGCUUUUGGAAGAGUUUAUAAGAGCGUGACGAGAGGGUUACCUGAAAAGAAUACAUCCUCCAAACCCAAGGAUCACAGUCUGGAUUCGCAUGAGGGAUGUAUUGUUGCUACAAAAGUUCUACCUGGUGCGUGAAUGCAGAAUAUGGCAAAUAGAUAACUUACUCUUUCAGCAAACGCUAUUCACGGGAGUGAUUCUUAUUAAUAACAUCUUUCAGCAAACGCUUUUCACGGGAGUGAUUCUUAUUAAUAACAGUCAUCUUCAGAGUCAAAGUGAGUUGUAUCACGUAACGUGAUACAACUCACUUUGACUCUUAAGAUGACUACCGCACAGGUUGUCCAAACGUCAGUCACUGUCAACAAAGACAGUCCUUUUCAGGACUACGUUCACCCGGACGAUCAAACUCAACAUUUUGAACUUUUAUUUUAAUUAGGUCUUUUUUUCUUUGUAUCUGGUUUUAGUUGUUUAGUACUAACUGAUAUCGUGUAGCAUUUACGUAGGUCACGGUUACUGGAUUUUCUUUAAAUGUCUUCUUCUUUUUUUUUUCAGAAAAUUCCACGGAGGAGGACAAACGGCAGUUAGUUCGGGAAAUUGAGCUGAUGAAGGAAGUCGGAACACACCGUAAUAUCGUGAGCAUGCUCGGCUACUGGAUCCAAUCACCUCCCAUUAUGUUAAUCAUGGAAUAUGUUCCAAACGGAGAUCUUCUUCAGUGGCUCAGAAACAAAAGGCGACAGGUAUCAUUACUUUAUCAGCUGUAUCAAUAAAAAUUUGCCGCCCUCUUUUUUGCCUUUUGCUUAAAAAAUCCCUGCUCUCCAUUCGGAAUAGCGCUCUCACAGGUAUUAUUUAUAGAACUGAAACUCAGACAAACAAAAUUCCUCAAUUUUGUUCGUCUUUUUGUCACUGAAAUGUCAAGUUUGUCUGACUUUUGUCAUGAAAAUAAUAAAAAUGGCAGAAGUCAGGCACAUAUUGCAAAUUAGUCACUCUCAAAGACAGAGCUGCGCUUAGAAAUGUAGAUAUUAAUGAAACCGGAUAUUUGUAUUUUUCCAAACGCGGUUUAUACAGUCAGACAUUCUUCUGUUUAGGUCCUAUUCAUAUAUUCGGAAAACAAGGUUCGGUAAAUACACAUUGUCAAAACUUUGUGUUCAACAGUGUUAGUAGGUCAAGCCUGACCCCGUAAGGAGAUGGAAUCAGUUUAGUUUUCUGGGAAACUGCCCACCUAUCCCUCCCCUAAGCCAACAUUUUACCCUAUGUGAGAAGUCGCACGUGUUUAGAAAUUUUCGAAUCUACAAACGACACUAAUCGAAGAGGACACGGCGUCUUGUUCCAGACCUUUUCGGAAGCCUAAGAAUGCCGAAGAAGAGAGGAAGUUAAUCGAAAAUGGUACUCCAAAGUCAUCAAGUGCAGUGAAAAAGUAGUCUUCGAAAAACUUUAAUUCUGGAAUGGCCCAAUAGGCAGGUAAACAAAAAUCAUUACUCGAGCCUUGUUAUUCCGAAAGUGAAGUCUUGAGUGCAAUGCUUGGACACUGCUAUAGCCAAUAUUACCGCUGAGUCACUGCUCUUUUGGCUGUUCAGGCCACUUAAGGCAUGACUAUCCAAUUAAAUAUGCAUAUUUUGAUAAAACGCUAUUUAGAACGGUUUACUUCUAUCAAUGACCCUGAAAAUUGAACUACAAAUGUAGCUUAAUGGCCUUAGCAAUUGAUAUGAGUGCAUUUUAGAAGCUCAAUUUUCGUCAAGUGACUGAUAAUUGAGAGUUAACGGUCAAAAUAGUUACUCUAAAAUGGGGAAAGGAUAAUGAAAGAGCAACAAGCUCUUUUAGGUACAUUUCAGAGGCUAUUAAAAAGGUUCUUAUAAAUUCGCCUUGUAUGUGUGUUUACGUUAUAUAGGAAUCGGUAAAUAAAGGGGAAAAGGGUCACGUGACUUAUUAAUUAGUUAAAUAGCUAAGAGGAUAAAUAACAUUCCCAAUCAUAAAAGAUGAAUUUCCGAUUUACACUGUUUAUGUAACAUUUUGGUAGUGAAAAUUCCCAAGAGUAAGGUUCGCAACCCUUCCCCGUUUAGGAAAACGUGUUUUGUUACGUCAUUGACGAAGCGAUGUUACGUGUUAUUUGAAUCACGUUUCACGUGUUUUUUCGUUGAGACACAUUUGUAGUUCACUUUUCAGGAGCACUGAUGGAAGCAAAUUCCGUUCUAGAUAGCAUUUACUAAAAUAUGCAUAUUUAAUUAGGUAGUCUUGCCUUAAGUGGCCUGAGUGAUUAAACUGGUGAAAGAACAAAGUUUAAUUUGCACAAUAGUAAAUUUCCUGCGUAGCUUAUUUUCAGUUGUGUAGGAGCUGCUCGUAAUUUGAAAGAACAUUGAAUAUUCAGCCACCAUUUUUUGUGUCAGUUGAUGUGCAGAUAAUUAAUUUUUAUAGGCCAGUGCAGUGACAUUAUAUCUGAUAAAACACCUCAUACUAAUAAGGGAAGGCUUUAUCAGAUAUAAUGUCACUGAACGUGAUGUAUUAUAGACCAUUUGAUAGGUCAAUGGGUUAUGAAUUAUUAAUGAGUUUUUGAACGUCUGCACAGUAAUCUUUCAAUUCUUAAAGAUUCCUUUGGAACGGGUAAAAAUACUUCGGCUAACCAACUGAUGGUGUUGAAAUUGUUUUUGCUGACAAAACCGUUUCAGACGGAAUUCAUUUCAUCAAUAUUUUUUUGCAGCUUACAAUGAAAAAGAGUCGACAAAGUGAUGUCGUUGAAAGGCUUAAGCCUCCUGUUCCUGAGAGGCCGAAAUUAGUAUCCAAGAACCUGAAAACAAAAGAUGUCCUGGAUGAAAACCUGAAAGAGGAAAACAGCGAAAGAAAUAAUGAAGAAACUGGAAGAGACGGUGGUUAUCAUUCCAGCGAGACGAAGGAAAUUAAAGUCGACCUGGACGACGAUGAAAGAGGAGUUCUAAUCAACGAUGCGCCUCAAUCUGAGAUGGAACCUUCUUGCUCAAACCUGGGUUACGAAGAUGACAAGGAGGAAGAAGAAAGUGACGAUGUCAACACGUCAUCUCAACAAAAUGAAGGACAAAAGGGGUCGGCUACGUCGGUGAUGGUGUUACCUUCGAUCAAUAUUGCCCAUUUCUCCAAAGAAAAAGAGCUCACUCCUACUGAAAGUUUAAGAAACGCCGAAGUAAAGAUCACCGUCGAGAAAAAAGAAGACAGUUGUGAGGGCAAGGAAGAUGACGAAGAGGACACUUUUGGGAAAGAAGUUUUAUGUUAUGCGUGGCAGAUUGUUAAAGGGAUGGUAAGAAAUUUUACGACUGAAAUGUAUUUAGCAAUAUAGUAGUCAUCGUUUGCAAAUCACAAAAAUCUUUCUCGUCCCCUUUUUAUAUUUAUGCUUUUAAUUACCACUAGUUUCUCUGUGUCUGUAAGUAUAUGCUAUCCGGUCAUGAGACGGCAGAUUUUUCAAGCAUUCAAAUUGCUGCGUUAAUUAUAACAGACCAUAAUAGGGCUAACUACUAUCUUACUGAAUUUCUAGUGAAACAUAUAACACAUGUAAAUUUGAGCCGUUUGAUUUCAAUUUUAAAAAGGCCUAGAAACCUAAAAAAUCACAUGGAGCCGUUUGUGAAGGUACCUAUUGAAAUUUAAUCAGGUCUGUUUGUAUUUUCGAAAAGGUGUCUAAUGAAUACAGCCAUAUGACAGGAAUAAGACUUAACCAUUAGUUGUUUUAUUGGCGUCUUACAAGCUUAACAUUCACGCCAUAACAGAAAAUAGAAAGCAGAAAGUAGAGGGAAACAAAAGAAAGGAAGUAGACGAAAGAAAAAGCAAUGGUUAAUUUUUUUUUUUGGGGGGGGGGGGACUGGAUGAGCAGCAAGGACUAGAUAAAUACUCCAUGGCCAGUAAUCAGAAUUUUGGAAAUCACAGUAAACGGUCUGCAAGUGGAACUGAUGGCUGAAAGGAUUGCUUUUCGUAAACGGCCACCAUGAUGGUAAUUGCUAACUAUUGUAAGCUCAUUUGAUAUAUCUGGUGGCUCAGCUGUAUAUAUGGCUUUUUGGUUUCGCAAAUAACACCCUCCCGGUGAUCCACAUAACUCUGCCUCAUCUAAUAAUUGCUGUUUAUUCAUUUGUCUGAAUGAACAUUUUUAACGAAAAAAUCUAAUCUCUAAAUGAAUAAUGUUCACUAAGGUGUGCGUUUUGGGUGACUUCGAAAUAGAAAUCAGCAGUAUAGUAAGAACCAAUAGGGUUUUUUUUUUCUUUUUCGGGCGUGGCAGUCUAAGGAGGGCUUUAGUCCACUCACCCCAAGUCGCCCUGAAAAACAGCAACGGGCUUUCUUCCGGGGUUGAAAACUUAAAAACAUUGUUUUUCAGCCAAUAUUCAUCCCUUCGAGUUAUAGAGGGUAAAAUUGUAUGGAAGUGUUCUGAAGGGAAACAAAAAUUACUUCGAGUCAGCGGGAGUUUUGAGUUAUCGAGGGUUCGAGUUACCGAGGGUAAAAUUACAGUAAAUGUAAGAAGGAAAUCCAGGGGAAAUCGAUUUUGGUUCGAGUUUACACAGGAUUCGAGUUAGCAAGGGUUCGAGUUAUCGGGAGUCGACUGUAGUUCACUUAGCUUGUUCAACUUUGACGGUUUUUUGUACUGAAAAGUAUACGUUGCGGGGAUUUCUUGGCCAAUUCCCUUAUUUGUUUCUUCGUUUUCCAACACUCUGUGACGGAAAUUCUCCCUCCAUUCUUCAUUAAUAGACUGACUAUCACUUCCUUCCGCUUUCCGGACCGUUUGCCUGGGACAGCUUCCAGUAGCCUUUUCCAGGCUCUCGAUAGUGGGAAUGUUGCGUAAGCGUAAGCCACCGGAAAAAUAUAAACACGUGAUCUAGGAAAAAGGGGGCGGUGGCGAGCUGUCUUUGAGCCUGGAACCGACGUUUCAUUGCACUUGGUGACUUUUCUGCCAAAUCGUUAAAUCGGGAGUUCGUUUACAACGAUAUCCCGAUUAAACUGCUAUCCCCCUGCCAUAUUGUAAAAUCGAGCUUCCACUUUAAUUUAAUAUUGACCAAUCAAAUGGAAAUUUGUGUUGAUCUAAAGGUAACGGUAACUAAAAAUUGUUUGAGAAUUAACUUUCGUUAUUUCUCUGCCAGGAAUACUUGGCCAGCAAAGGAUUCAUUCAUCGUGAUCUGGCAGCCCGUAAUAUCCUACUUGGUGAGGACAGAGCGGUGAAGAUUGCUGAUUUUGGUUUAUUACGCCACGCAAAUGAGAGUGAGAUAUACGAAGUUACGAGCGUAAA